GUCUUUCUCUUCUCAACAAUUAAUCACUUUAUCUGAUCCAAAGACAUGGCUAAACAGAUUACAUCAAUGGACCCAUCAAUCGGGACCACAGAUGACGGAAACAAACAAAAGCCUAAGAUAUACGCAAAGGACUCAAUGGACAGAUACGGCGACGACUUGUGUGAAGUGGUGUUGACAUACCUCUCACUGGAAGACCGAUUGCGUUGCGAAUGUGUGUCCACACAGUUCCGGAGGACAGCCUUUAAGAGUGUUGUGGACAUCGAAAUCACUGAUUGGCUAAUAAAACAAAUCCAAGUUUCAAAGCAAACAAUACGCCAAACAAUGACCGCAAUUGCGAUAAAAUGUCCGAACGUUGAGACCAUUGACUGCCGAGAAAUAGACUUUCGUCGUGAACAACACAUUCCCGAAGUAUUGGCCAUAUUUCGGGACAAUUGCCAUCAUUUACGGAACAUAUACUGUUAUCUGACGCCAAGAUGGGGUCAAUUGUUGGCCGAAUUCGGACCACUGGUCACCCGAAUCGGUAAUAUUAUAUCCUUUAGAGACUACGCGGCGGUCACUGUUUGUCACCGAUUAUCACAACUGCGGGUGAAUUCACUUCGCGAAGUGUUUGCCAACAAUUUUGACAUAGGAUUAGUCAAACCUGUGCUCAAACUUGAGUUAGACAUGCAUUACAACCGGACCAUAGAUAACGACCGCUUGUCUGCAUUUGUAGCCCACAAUCAGUGCCUCCAGAGUCUGGCCGUAAGGGUUUGUUGGGUUAACGGCGCCGAGGAAUUGACCGAAAUGUGCGGCCAAGUGUCACGAUUAGCGCAAUUACGGCGAUUGACACUCGGGUUGUUGUUUGGUAUACCGGACUCAUCAGUGGUUAACCAGUGUUUGCGCACAAUUGGCGUGAAUUGCAAACAAUUACACCAUUUGUCACUUUGGUUAAGGUUUUCAAGUAAAGCAAUCGACUCCUCACUCCCGAUAUCAUUGGAUUCGUUGAGAUUUUGUUCGCAAUUAAAACGAUUGGAUUUAGAUUUAAAUGAGGCCAUCGAUGACCGGCUGUUGGAUCCGUUGCGACACUGCGAGAGGUUAACGCAUUUAGAGUUGGAUUUGCCGACAAUGACAGCAAAUGUGUUGAAGGAUUUGCAUAUAAAUUGUCCGCGACUUAAGUGUCUACGCAUUCGUAACUUGAAUAACAUUAUAGACACCGAGUGUUUGAAUCGCAUCGCAUGUCUACCGGCGCUGAAAACGCUUGUCAUUGUAAGCAAUCAUAACAUCCAUCUCUUGGAUAAGGAUUUCUCGGAUUUCCUGCUGCUUUUCAGCGCCAACUGCUGCCUAUCCCUACACCGUUACUGCAAUGUAAACAACAAGGCCGACAAAUGA